GACAACACCAAGAUGCCUCCCACCAGGAAAAUCCCCGUUUACAGGACCGUUCCGGUGUACCCUAUGCGCGGAGGGAGUGUCGGUUCAAUGCGAUCGGGAAACGUAUGAGUCCAUGGCCAAUUAUCACUACUACCAACGACGAAUCCGGCGCCUUGUCUCGCAGUCUCCCAUCCAGAUCCUCUCAGUAUGCUGCCUUUUGUUCUUUGCGAUCCGCUGGGUGCUGCAGCAUAAUCAUGAUGACGACGAUGGCAAUCGCGCCCCUAUUGCAAGGCCGGUGAAAAAGGUGGAGGACCCGAGCAUCGAUUGGAGCAAGCUAUACUACGCGCAAUAUGUCACAUCAGCCGAGUACCUCUGCAACGCGCUGAUGGUAUGGAGCGAGAUUGAGGACAUUGGAAGUCGUGCGCAGAGGAUCAUGCUUUACCCCUCCUCCUGGGACCCCAACGAAAUCGACGACGUCUCCCCCUCGCAAGACCUCACGCCAAUCGCACGUCUCCUCCAACAAGCUCAGAAGGACUACUUCGUCAAACUCCAACCUGUCGACGUCCUCCACCAAAACGGCACAAAAGAAUCAACCUGGGCCGAUUCCUACACCAAGCUGUUAGCCUUCAACCUCACAUCCUUCGACCGUGUGCUAGCCCUGGACUCGGACUCCGUCGUCCUCCAAAACCUCGACGACCUCUUCCUGCUCCAAAAAGCACCACUGGCAAUGCCCUUCGUCUACUGGGGCGAGCCAACCGGCUGGUCCUUCUCCAGCCAAAUGCUGCUCGUCACCCCAUCCGCCUCCUCCUUUGCUUCAAUCUCCUCUGCAAUCGAGAAAGCAACGCCGGAUGACUACGAUAUGGAUAUCCUGAACUCGCUCUUCAGAAACCAUAUCCUGCGGAUCCCGCAACGACCGUAUAACCUGUUGUCUGGCGAAUUCCGACGAAAAAAUCAUGCGCACUACCUUCGUUCGCAUCCUCGACCUUCCUCGCGAAAUCAGAAAUGGGAUCCGGAUUUCGUUCUUGCGGAAGCUAAAUUUUUGCAUUAUUCAGACUGGCCGAUUCCGAAGCCGUGGAUGCGUGCGACGAAAGAGGUGUUGAAUAAAUAUAUGCCGAAGUGUGUACAGAGUGAAUGGUUCGGGGCGAGCGACUGCAGGGAUCGGGCGAUUUGGUUGAAGCUGUAUUUUGAUUUUGCAGUGAGGAGGCAGGCAGUUUGCGGUGAGGGCUUUGAGCUACAGAGUCAGGAAUUACCGCCUGAUUCGGUAUAUAGGCAUGGGAAAUGGUUUCAUCCGGAUGAGGUGGGAUGAGAAGGGGGUGGAUCUUGGAAAGUGGUUGGACAUUAGUUCGCUUAUAUCCCCCCGCCCCCUUUUUAUUUUAUUUUAGUAAUGUAAACAAUGCAAAGCAUCGUGUUUAUGAUGGAAGCAAAGCAAAACAAAGAAUUUUAUUGU